AUGGAGAAGCUGGGUUCCUCAGACCCGGCACAGUCGCCCGGUGCCAACAUGGCAGAGCGUGAGGGAGACGAGGCCGCGGCCGCUCCUUCACAACUGUGUCGCUGUGCAUUUGUGACUCGCUGGCUGCCAGCGGCCUACAGAGAGGAACUCUACCACGUCCUGAAGCUCACAGGUCCACUGGUUCUGUCUCGGGUUCUGAAUUUCCUCCUGCCGUUUGUCAUCACCAUAUUCUGUGGUCACAUUGGAAACGCAGAGCUGGCUGGAUACGCCCUGGCCUCAGCGAUCAUUAACGUGACGACCACAUCGACAGGGUUCGGCCUCUCCGUGGCCUGUGACACGCUCAUCUCUCAGACGUUCGGCGGUAAGAACAUGAAACGUGUGGGAGUGAUUCUGCAGAGGAGUUCCCUCAUCCUGCUGCUCUUCUGUCUUCCGUGCUGGGCUGUGCUCAUCAAUGCUGACAGUUUACUGCUGCUCAUGCAUCAGGAGGACGAGGUGGUGAGAAUCGCCCAGAUCUACGUGACGGCUUUCCUCCCAGCUGUUCCAGCCAUGUUCCUGCACCAGCUGCAGGUCACAUAUCUACAAAACCAAGGGAUUAUUCUUCCUCAGAUGUACACAGCAGCAGCCGCCAACGUCCUCAACGCAGGGACCAACUACUUCUUGAUCAUCAGCCUCAAGUUGGGAGUGGUUGGAUCAGCGAUCGCUAACAGCCUGACUCAAAUCUUCAUCUGCCUGCUGCUGUUUGGUUACAUCAGAUGGAAGAAGCUGCACCUGCAGACGUGGGGAGGCUGGAACACUGACUGUCUGCAGGAGUGGGGUUCCUACAUGAAGCUGGCUGUUCCCAGUGCUUUAAUGGUCUACUUUGAGUGGUGGAUUUGGGAGAUCGGCGGUUUCCUCGCUGGGGUUCUUGGAGAGGUGGAUCUGGCUGCUCAGCACAUUCUGCUGGAAACAGGAGCCAUAACAUACAUGUUUCCUCUCGGUAUCCACGCAGCCACCUGUGUGCGUGUGGGUAACGCUCUGGGGGCCGGAAACACUGCCCGAGCCUUAGUGACCUGCAGGGUGGCUCUGGUUCUAACAGCGCUGCUCUCUGUGAUCCAGGGCGUCAUCCUCGCUGCGUCUAAGUCUUUCCUUGGUGGCAUUUUUACUUCUGACGAAAGCAUCGUGGCGCUCGUCUCAACCAACCUCACAGUCUACAUCUUUCUUCAGUUCUUUGAUGCCAUCCUGUGUGUCUGCACAGGGAUUCUCAUCGGAUCUGGGAUGCAGAAAUUUGCUGCUCUGUCCAACCUGGUGUCUUAUUACUUCGUUGCUCUGCCAGCGGGAAUCGCUCUGAUGUUUGCUGCUCAGCUCAGAAUCUUAGGUUUUUGGCUCGGCCUCCUCAUCUCUGUUUGCCUUCAGACGGGAUUCUACCUCCUUCUCAUCUUCAAACUCAACUGGAAAAAAGUCACACGCAAGGCUCAGCAGCGAGCAGGGAGAACCGUAGCAGUGAUGUUGAAGCGUCCGGUCAGUGCGUCGCUGAGUGAAGCCGCGGUGCCUGAUGUCUCUGACUGCGUCUCCACACCACAGCUGGACGGUGAAGUGGUUCCUCAGGCUGACGGUUACUGUCCAGUCAACACUCAGGAUCAGGGGCUGAAGGCGGGUCACGGCGCCGAGGGCAACAACACGAGUGCAGAAAGCACCAAAGAGGAUGGUGAGCAGAGCAAACCUGAGGCUCUUCUGUCCGUCACUCAGCUGAUCCUGCGUCGUGGACUCACUCUCCUGGCUUUGAUUCUUGCUUUGCUCGUGGGCGUCGCUUUCCACGUCGCUUUCCCUGCACCAGAGCUGUCUGCUCACAGCAGGGCCAACUUCACCCUGACCUGGGCAAAUGUCUCCAACCCGACUCAGUCAGCUUAUCUGGACCUGACCCCUGACCUCUGACCUCUGAACGUUAAAAACAUCAACAUCUGAACGCACUUCUCUUCCAGGGGAGAAAAAAUCCCCAGAAAGCAGAGGCUGCGUGAGGCUGCGUGAGGCUGCGUGAGGCUGCGUGAGGCUGCGUGAGGCUGCGUGAGGCUGCGUGAGGCUGCGUGAGGUCGCGGUUGCACACACACACACGCACGCACGCGCACACACACACACGGACACGGACACACACACACACACGCGCACACACACACAGGCUUUGUUACAAAGAUCACAUUUUAACAGAAAGAGACACACGGACGUCAGAGAACACAGAUUUCUCCACUUUGAUCGAUUUUAACCUUUUUUUUUCCUGUGUUGAUUUACACGUUUGCACUGAAACAACUGACCGUGAAUCCUUUUGUCUAUGUUUUAAUAUCUGAUUGUAAAUAUCUGAUUCUUUAUGUGCUCAUGUAAAUACAUCAUACUUUAUAUUACUGCAUUCUUUCGUCACUGUGACA